AUGACUGUACAAAUUCUUGGAAGAGUUAACUCAUUAGUCCCAGACAACCCCCACAUGAAUAACCCUAUACCUUCCAACCUGAAGUCAGAAGCUAAAAAGGCAGCUAAAAUAUUACGAGAAUUUACGGAAAUAACUUCCAGAAAUGGACCCGAUAAAAUCAUACCUCCUCAUGUAAUAGCUAAAGCCAAAGGCCUUGCGGUUUUGUCCGUUAUUAAAGCUGGAUUUUUGGUGACUGCUCGAGGAGGAAGUGGAAUUGUGUUGGCUCGCCUUCCUAAUGGAACCUGGUCUGCUCCUUCUGCAAUAGGAAUUGCCGGCCUUGGUGGUGGAUUUGAAAUUGGAAUAGAGGUUUCAGAUUUAGUGAUAAUACUGAAUCAUGAAAGAGCAGUAGAAGCUUUUGCCAAAGGAGGGAAUCUUACACUUGGAGGGAAUCUUACUGUGGCAAUCGGACCUCUGGGAAGAAACCUGGAAGGAGAUGUUGCCCUGAGAAGCUCUGCUGCUGUCUAUACAUACUGCAAAUCUCGAGGACUGUUUGCAGGUGUAUCUCUGGAAGGUACCUGUUUAAUUGAAAGGAAAGAAACAAAUCGCAAGUUUUAUGGGCAGGAUAUUCGCGCUAGUGCCAUCUUGCUUGGUGAUGUGCCUUUUCCUGCUCAAGCAGAAGAUCUGUAUGAAACUCUAGCAUCCUUCACUGAAGUAUAUGAAAAUGAAGAGCAAAAGAAUAAUCCAGGAAAAGCUGUAAAUGACCCACCAGCUAGACCAUCAUCAAGACCAGAGCCGCCUAAACCCUCUGUGAGACCAACACCACCAGCCAAAAAGAAUACAAACAAACUUUAUCCUGAACUGCCAAAUGAUUAUGCUUCUGUGGGUAACUCUUGGAGUAAUCCAGUAGAAGUGACAGCACUUUAUUCAUUUGAAGGACAACAGCCAGGUGACCUGACCUUCAAAGCCGGAGACAAAAUCACAGUCACGACAAAAACGGAUUCCCAGUUUGACUGGUGGGAAGGAAGAAUAGGAGGACAAACUGGCAUCUUUCCAGCCAAUUAUGUUGCCAUAAGUAACAGCUAAGUUUCUGUGGAAGAAAAAAAUUGAAGCAGUAAUAUAUCUACUCUGAAAAAUAUAUUUUAUCCUUUCAGGUUAUAUGAAAAUAAGAUUCUUGGUCAAGACUAUCUUAUCACAACAUUGAAAAGCAUUAAAUAAUCUUAACUUUCCCUUAAAACUAUUUCUUAAAUGAAGAGUAUAUGAGUUUAUGAUGUUCUAUAUUUGAGCAAGUUGCUGUAUAAAAAAACCUCCCAAUUUCUGUCUGGUGUCAGUUCUGUCUUGCAACAUGGAUUUAUUUUUUA